UGUUUUGAAGUCAAUAGUGCCAGCCUGCUUCAGAGCUAAACACCAGACCAGCAGCACUCUCUUAAAUGGCUUGUUAGAAUGUGCCUUGUCUCCAAGGACUUCAACCUAACAUGGUUUAUUCUGUGAUUUUGUACACAACUCAAGACGGGAAGGAAGUUUUCAAGAAGGAAACUGAGUGGAAACCUACCUGGAGAAGUUCAGUGAGCAGGUCAUUGCUGGGUUGAGAUCACCCAGAGCCAGAGGCCUAGAUCUCACAGAGAACCAUUAGUGCAGCUCUUACAGCACAGGAACAAAUGAGGGUGCUGUUUCAUGUUGUGGAAAGGAGACAUCACAAACCGAAGUUAGCUUCUACCACAGGAGGAUCUGAGCCUAGAGCUGAUUUAGAGCAGAGACAACAGAACUGAACUGAACAGAACAAUGGAAAAUACGAAGCAAUUAGAAGACGAAGAAACAAAAAACAUGACAACCAUAAAGGAGACAAUUAAAAGACAAAGACAACUAACAUGUCAAGUAAUGGAGGAGAUUGAACAACUUUGGGAAGAGACACAAAGACAGAGAGAUGAAAAUGACCACUUGAAGACAAAGACAGAGCAGCAACAAGAGGACAUUGACACGCUGGGAUCUGAAAAACAUGAGCAGCACUUAUUGACAGAAAGACUGAGCCUGCAGAUAAAAAAUAUUGUUGAGAAGCUCGAGAAGAAUAAAAAUGCUGCCACUCAUGAAAAAAUACAACUUCAGAAGAUGUGGGCUGAGAUAUACCAAGAGAGAGAAACUCUGGAAAGAAGACGAAAAGAGAUCAUCAGUGAGCGGCACAAGUUGGAAAUGAUUAAGUAUGAUAAGACAACAUCACAAGAAAGUAAGGAACCUGAAGAGGCCAUGGAGCGGGAGAUAAUGGAGAGGCUGGUGGCUGACAUGAACAAAAAUAAGAAAACACUGCUAGAAGCAAAGCAGGAAAAAGAACAAGUGCAGAAAAACAUGGCGGACAUAAAGCAAGAGUUGAAGAGAAAUAGAAAAGAUAUUUCACACUAUAGAGAUCAAAUUGAGCACAUCAAACAAAAUGUGACUGUAAAUAUUAACAAGAUGAAGCAAAGGUGGACCAAAAUUCAAAUAGAUGUUCAAAUGCAGAAAGCCACAGUCCUAGAGAUGGAAAGCAAAGAAAGACAGAAAAAAGGAAGAGACACAUUUGACACUGUGAGGAUGAAAUUCAGCAGAAUCCGAGAAGAGAUACAGAAACUUUGGGAUGUGCUGGAAGACAGUGAACCACAACUGGAACAGCUAAAGACAGAAAAAUCUGACUCUGAAAAGCAAAGACCAGACACAGAUGUAAGCAUGAAGCUAACACAGUGGGAAACAGAGAUGCAGUGGCAAAAACAAGACAUAGAGAACCAGUUGGCACAGGUUCAGUCUGAAAGAGAUGACAUAGAAAGAACCAAAACUAAAAUGCAGAUGGAGAGAGAGAACAUUGAGAGGGAGAGGCAGUUAACUAAAGCAGAAAUGGAUGCAAUGAAGUGUAUGAGGGAGAGCAUUGAAAGGCAAAAGCAGGAGCUGGAUGACAGGUUACAGAGGACAAAGAGAGAGAUGAGAGAGCUGGAAGUCAUGAACACUGAGAUUGAAAUAAAGAAAAAUGACCUGGUGAAAAUGAUAAGAAUGAGCAGGAGAAAAAAGGAAGAGAUCAGCAAGAUGAAGGGUGAGACUGCUGAAGAAGACACAGAGGAAAGACAAGAUAUGACUAAGGUGCAGAGGUCAAAGCAGGAGGCGGAGGACAGAUCUAAUGAGCAGAAACGGUGUGACAGUCCCAAAGAAAUAACACAACCUGAAGAACAUCAGUUUGAGGAGGACAACAUGGAGACUAGUAACGAGAACGAAGUGAAAACAAACUUGCAGAGUGUGAUUUUCGAAGUAGAAGAAAUCAGAAAGAAGCUGCGCAAGGUGAGAGAGGAUGCAGAUCAAAGAGGGAGAGAAGUUCCCGAAGAAAAGAGUCAAAUCAAAUGGAUGAAUUUUCGAGCAAAAAAAAAGCAAUGGGAGCUCGACCAACGACUGGAGAAGACCUUGAGAGAGAGGGAUGAGUUAGAAAUUGUGAAGAUAAAGAUACAUGGACAAAGGGAGGAGGUUGAACAGAAACUGGAAGAUGCAGCAACUACAAUAGUGACUAUGGGUGUGAUGAAAGCUAACAUAGAAAAAGCUGCUGCUGAGAUUAGCAGUACCCGGGAGGAGAUGCUCAAAGUCCAGAGGAAGAUGGAGGAAAACAAGGAAGAAGUCAAAAAGUUCAUGGAUAAACUGAAUUCCAUGAAAGCUUGGGUCAGCAAAUGGAUAUUGACAGAACCUGCAAUCAAAAAGACUUUUUCAGUGAAUACAUCUAAGUUUCAAGAACCCCAGAAAGAAACACACAAAGACACCCUCAAAGAUCCAACACUGGGAAAUGUAACAGACAAAAAAGGAGCAGAAGAGGAAAUUACAAAAGAUGCCAUGUUUUUGCAACAAUCUAUAACAUCUGAAGACCAGCAUCAAAGUGACAAAAUAAAAGACGAGGAGCAUAUGCAUUCAGAACACAAACAGAAACAGGAAUGCCGUUUUUUUGCAGUGGACAUUGAGGAAGAGCAGAAUGUUUUCUUACAGGUGCAAACUGAAAUACAUGAAGAAAUAUUAAUGGAUGAGAAUCAGACAGAAUUAACAAUACAUUUAAGAGAAAAGGCCAAAGUGGAAAAGCAGAUAUUAAAACUUAAGGAGACAGAGGAGAAAAUAAAGGAGCAAAUGGAGUACGACUUAGAGGACAUGCAGAAAAAAAAUGAAGAGAUUAAAAGGCUUGUUAUGGAAAUAAAUAACCUACAGAGUCAGAGACCAGAAACUGGUGGAAAUGUGGAGGAAGGAGCGACUGGAGUGCUGAAAGAAACAGAACAAAAAUACAUUUUGAGGGUAAACACAAAUGUUUUUAAACAUGAAAUAUUUAAAUAUAUAGUGGGAAAAGAGGAGAAUGGCAGUGAGUUGAAGCAAGAAGUAAUUGAUGAGUCUGACUUGAUGAGAAUGGAAUUUGAGGAGCAAAAGCAAAGCCAGGAGAUUGAUGAAGGUUGUUAUAAAAAGGACCCAGUGAGUGAUGAUAUACAAAGACUUAGGGCAGAGAUUUAUAAAACACAGGAAAUCAUAAGAUUAGUCGUACUAGAACUUCAAAACCAAGCUGAAGAAAGUAACAUCAACAAAGAUCAUAAGGAAGAAGAUGGUGAAGUUCAACGAUUGCUACAAGACAUUAAACAAUUCCAAGAGCUUUUAAAAAUGGUAAAAACUGCAAUGAUGCAAAGUGAAAUAGAUCUAAAAGAAGAAAUGAACAACAUGAAAUGGAUGAAAAUUUGUGCGAAAAAAAAGAGAAGAGAACUGGAUCAGAGGUUUGAAAAAACUUUGAGAGAGAGAGAUGAAUUAGAUAUUUUAAGAAUAAAACUGCAGAAACUAACCGAAAUGACUGAGCGGAAGCUGGAGAAAAUGGCAAAUGUUAAGAAAACCAUGGAAAAAAUGGCUGCUAAGACUAGAAUGAAAAGUGAAGACGUAGAGAUUACUAUAAAGCAGACCAAAGUAAAACAGAGACAGGUAGAGGACAUGAGCUGUAAGAUUGAGGCGACAAAACAAGCACUGGAAAACAGCUAUCUUUUCUUAUCCCAGGAAAGAGCUGGCUUUGAAAAAUUCAAGGCUGAAAUCAGGCAACUAAAGAACAGAAAAUCUGCCCUGGAAAAUACUGAAAGACAGAAUGGAAACAUAAGGAAACAUGUCAGAGAUGAAACAGACCAAAUGGGCAAAGAAAUUGAGGGAAUGGAAAAUGAAAUCUUCAGACUCAGAUCAGAAAAUGAGAAACUGGAGGAGAACAUAAAAAUGAUAAAGGACAGUUUGGAUCAGAAAAAUGGAGAAAUUGAACAACUGAAAAGGGCAAUAAGUCAGCUAGUGAAACAGAAGACGGAAAGAAAAGACAGUGAGAUUCUGAAAAAACAGAUUCAAGUAGAGAGCGAGAAUGUGAGAGUAGCAAGACAACAAGCUGAGGCAGAAAUACAUGAGAUGAACUGUUUAAGGGAGAAUACUCAAAGACAGAAAUGGGAGCUUGAUGACAAAGUGCACACGACCAAAAAAGAGUUAAGAGAAAUGGAGCUGCUGAAGUUAGAGCUGGAAAUAAAGAAAAAAGAAAAUGAACAGAUGUUCAGAAAAAGUAUGAGAAAAAAGCAGGAGUGUGAAACAAUGUGGAAUGAAAUACAAAGAGAGAAGAAAAUACUGAGGAGGGAUACCAAAAAGAUAAGAAAUGAAUUAGACCAAAGACUGGAGAAAACCAUGAGAGAGAGGGAUGAGUUAGAAGUAUUGAGGAUAAAACUGCAGCGACAGAAGACAGAGCUGGCUGAUGAAAAGAAGAGUAUCAAAGACAGGACUGUUCAUGUAUGCAGAGAACAUAAAAAACAAAGUCUGGAAAAAAAGGAAGUGGAAAGCAUCAGAGGGAAAGCUGAAAUGGUAAACCAAAGUUCAAAAGUCACCAAUUCAAUUACUGAUCUUGAAAACAUGAGUCAAAAAAUGCAUGUACAUUUAGAAAUAAUUAGGGGGGAAAUGGGAAUUCUGGAAAAUGUAAAUGCUCAGUUGGAGAAACAAGUAGCAUUACAAGCUGAGAACAGGACCGUAAGAGACAACAUGAGCAGAGUAAAAUCUCAGAUAAAGAUGGACUUGGAAAAAAUAACUAUACAAGUGAAAGCAGAGAGGGAUGAAAUUGUCCACAUGAGGGCCGAUAUCCAAAAACAAAAACAGGAGCUUGAAAUCAGACUGGAGAAAAUUAAAACCGAAAGAAGAGAGAUGGAAGUGUUGAAAUCUGAGUUGGAAAUCAAAAAAAGAGAAAAUCAACAAAUGCAAAAAGGCAUUCGAAAAGAGCAGGAAGUUAAAAAUAUGUGGGCUGAGGCCAAAGGAGAAAAAGCUGCCCUCAAGAGGGAGAAACAGAAGUGGGGGAAGGAGCUCGACCAGCGACUGCAAAGGAUCAUCAAAGAGAGGGAUGAACUAGAGAUCAUGAAACUGAAGCUGCAAAUAGAAAAAGGUGAGAGCAAAAGUGGAAUGAAAGAGAGGUUUCCUACUCAAACUCAAAAGCACUGGGAAAUAAUCCAGACAUGUAUGGAGAGAUUUAAAUUUAUGAAAAAACACAGUGAAGAUUUGAAUGGAGCAAUUAAAGAUGAAAAACAACACAUGGAGGCUCAGGCAAAAAUUAUGACCCAGGUAAAAGAGGAAAUGGAAGAUCUCAAGAUGGAGAUGAAAAGAAAAAAGGAAAUGAUCAUAUGUGCUUUGAAGAACAUGCAACAAGUGGAGAUGAAUAUAAUGGAAAAGAAAAACUCAAUAGAGAAAGAAAAGGAGAAAAUCAUAGAAAAAUCUGACAUCCAGAAACAAAGUAAAUUAUUAGAAAAGGAGAAAAAGGACAUAAAAGAGGGAAGACACAAGUUGGACAUCACAAAAGCUGAGUUAGAACAGAGAGAAGACAUGAAAAUCAGUGGAGCAAGGGUUUGAGUUGGAAAAACAAGAUCUAGAAAACUGAAGUCAGAGUUUAAAGGAAGAGAGAGACGAUCUGGAUAGAAUGAAUGAGAUGGUGUACAAAGAGAGACUGGAAUAGAAACCAGUUAAGAACAGUGUGCUUACAGAAAGAGGAGAACUGGAAGUUUGGGGAAGGAUCUCCAAAAGAAGAAAGAAAGAGGUCGACAUUGCCAUGAACAGCAUCAGUGGAGAGAGAGAACAACUCAGUAAAAUGAAGACUGACAAUGACAAUGAGAGAGAGAUACUUUUAUUGAAAGGGACAGAAUAGAAGUUGAAAGGUCUGAGGUGAAAAUAAAAGAAGAUGAAGUCAUGAAGAUAAUGAAAUCAAAUGGAAACUCUGAAAGUGAAGCUUCAAUUUGUGAACAAUAGGAUCAAGAAGACAUGAAAA